CCAGACCUGACGACUUUGCUCCGCACCGGAAGUGCAUGCAUUGCCGAUGUGGUGCAUACUGACUGUGGUUUCGGUCGCUCUCUCUUGUUUCCCGGGCUGGGUGUUUGCGUCGCGCCAUGGCGCCCAAGGGCAAAGUGGGCACCAGAGGAAAGAAGCAGAUAUUUGAAGAGAACAGAGAGACCCUGAAGUUCUAUCUGCGGAUCAUACUAGGGGCCAAUGCCAUUUACUGCCUUGUGACCUUAGUCUUCUUUUACUCAUCUGCCUCAUUUUGGGCCUGGGUGGCCCUGGGCUUUAGUCUGGCUGUAUAUGGGGCCAGCUACCACUCUAUGAACUCGAUGGCACGAGCAGCCUUCUCUGAGGAUGGGGCUCUGAUAGAUGGUGGCAUGGACCUCAACAUGGAGCAGGGCAUGGCAGAGCACCUUAAGGAUGUGAUCCUACUGACAGCCAUCGUGCAGGUGCUCAGUUGCUUCUCCCUUUAUAUCUGGUCCUUCUGGCUUCUGGCUCCGGGCCGGGCCCUUUACCUCCUGUGGGUAAAUGUGCUGGGUCCCUGGUUUACAGCAGACAGUAGUGCCCCAGCACCAGAGCACAGUGAGAAACGUCAGCGCCGACAGGAGCGGCGACAGAUGAAGCGGUUAUAGCCAUUGACAAUGUGGCCACAGGCUGCACAGUCCCCAUGCCUGGAGCAAUGAGGGCCUAGUCCAGGGGCCAAAAGCAAUCCGAGGUAUUUAGGGUAUACUUCAGGCUGUAUCCUAUAGGGUUGUUGAAUAAAUGGCUUAGAAUGUG